UACGCCCAACCCAUUUGGCAAGUGAGUGAAAAAUCACUGAAACAAUUAACGCUCUUUCCUGCUGUCCAUUUAGUGUCAUUUUUAUGGUGAUUUUCCUCCACCCAAGCAGGCACCGCACAAGUGGGAUGUCAAUGCAGCAAAAUUAAAAUGACAUCUCUGCCUAUUAUCAGCAACGCUACGCACCCACUCAGCAACAUCACCACCAGCUGCAGCACCAACAAAAACUUCAACGUCAACUGCGUCAUUUAAAUAGUUAUCCGAUGGCGCCGAGUGUUUGUCAAAAUUCACCAAAAUUAACUGCAGCCGCUGCACAUAGCGCCACCGUGACCACGACCAUUGGUGGUGGUGGUGGCGGCGGUACAACAAUCUCUGCGCCAUCCAUUACACAGAAAAGCAAUUGCGGUGGCAGCAGCAUUAACGGCUCCAUGGCUUCGUACAAAAUGUCCAGUUCGGAGAAUAGCUGGUCACAGGCUGUUUUCAAUAAGGAAAAUCAGCGCCCACCAGUCUACAAUCCAGAGGACUACGUGCAGUCAUUGAAAAAAUUCGGUAAACGUCAGAGUGGGCAAAAUGUGCGUUCAAUCUAUGAUAACCAUAAUGAAACAACGGCAACAACAAAUAGCGGUCACAAAGAUGAGAAUCAUAAAUCAUUAACAUUGCCACAUAAGCAUGCAGAAUAUAAAAGCCCCAUACCGGCAGCGCCAGAGAGUGAUGGUGAGAUGUCCUUGCGGCAGUUUGCGUCAGUAACGGACUUACUGACAAAACUUCGUGCAGAUCUAAGAGUCUCGUUUCCAAGCUUCGUUCAGGAAUUCGUCGCAACACCUUCGGACGGCAUCAGUUUACUUCUCGAAGUGCUUCGCGCCAUACAACUUUCCCAAACGAGCAACUCUCCCCUGACACCAAAUCAAAUGUCCGCCUCCAUGCCACGAAAUGCGCCCUCCUAUCAGAGACGUGCGUUGCUUGACGAGUUGGCUUGCCUUCAAUGCCUCAGCAUUUGCUGCUCUCGUUCGUUGGACGCAACCGCCCGUUUGGGCACAACGCCAGUCGGUCUAAUGCCUUUGGCCUCCUCGGCUACAGGUCAGGGCAUACGCGCUCGUAUCUUGGCCAUGCAACUGAUGUCAGCCGCUUGCGAUAAGACGGCGCUGGGACAUGGUUCACAAAAAUCGGUCACAGCUGGGCAUACAGCCGUCUCAGAGGCUAUGUCAACGUUACGUUUACGCUGCAGUGAACCAGUACGUUUCCGUCUGCUUGUGGGGAUGCUCAACAGUGGCGGUGGUUCGGGCGAAUUGCAGGCAGUUGGAGUCAAGUUUAUUAAUUCCUUCCUGGAGAGUUCGGAAAAUCUACAACAGCGUUUGUAUCUGCAAGCAGAACUGUUUCAGGCCGGUUUCGAGCCAGGUUCCUUAGCCAAGACUAUUUCAUCUGCUUCGUCUUGGCUGGAAAAAUUACGUAAUGAGAUAAAACGUUUUCACGAGCUUUAUGUAGAUGUGGACAAAAUGAUCACGCAGGCGCGUGAAGCCGAUCGUGUGCGCACUCAGAUGGUCAUAUUGGAACGCCGAGUGCAGAUCCUACACGAGGAGAAAGCCGUUCUCACCUCUAUGGAACGUCGUCUGCAGGAGCGUUGUGCCGAGUUGCAGCGCGAAAUAUUCCGCCUGCAGGGCGCACAGAAUGAAAAUACCUUCAAAUCGCUAGACAAACAACCAAUAGCGCUGCCACGACAUGUACCGCCGGGCAAGAAUGAUAGCGAACAUGAAGAUGAGGGCAUAAGCAGCUCGGAGACGGGCCCCUCACUUAGUCCAGUGCCCAUAUUAGUGUUACCUCAGAAAGCAGGCGUUUCCAUGACCACCAAACAACAUCAUAAAAACAAAUCCAAAUCACCGGAGAAUUCAACGGGCGACAGCGGUGCUGCCACCGGCACUGCCACCACCAUUGAGGAUGUUAUGCAAGAGCUGGAUCACGUUGUGAGCGAGGCAGAGAAACAGAUAUCGACACGCCAACUACAGCAACAACAACAGCACCACCAACAAAUCAAGCAGCAGCUAAGCCAGUCCAAGGCCGCCAAGGAAAAAGAUAUUGUACCGGUGAAUAUUGUGCCACAACCACCACGUAAAUCGCGUUCACUCGCACAUCUCGUAUCACAAGCGGAUGGCUCCGAGCUAGACGGCUCCGAAUAUGGCAUGUUAGUGUUACAAAAUCAUGGCGAUGGCGCAGCCGUGGAACGCGUCACAGCGCUGCAGACAUUCUUCGAUGAGACGGACUAUGAGCUACCCGCCGAUAUAGAGAAGCCAUACAUUAUCGAAUCGCCGGAUAUACCGGAAGUGAAUGCAACCAACGUCGCAUACAAUGCGAGCACGACGCGUGAAUUGCUUGAUGUCAUAAUGAAUGCACGACACACUGAAGAUGAUCCGACAAUGAAAGCCUUUCGCGAAGCGAGUAACCAACACACGCAUCAACACCCACAUCAGCACCAACACCAGCAUCAGCACCAGCAUCACCAACAUAACAACAAUGGUGGCGGCGGAAAUGCAAAUAAUUGUGUUAGUAAACGACAAAGUAUGUCAGCUGCUGCACCACCACCACCACCGCCUUUGGCAGCCAAGAAGCCACAAGCGCCAGCGCAACACUUCAACGGCGUCUUCUUUAUGACGGGCAUGAAUACGCCGCAAAAGUAUCCAAAGCCAGAUGUAACAGCUGCGUUGCAAGCGCGUCGUGUGACCAAAAAUGUGGAGCGUCUCGAAGCGGCUUUUGCUUCGUCCAGCCACGAAUCAUUGUUGGAAGGCGGUACACCGCAAGUGGUGCAUCAUGUGGUGCGUGAGAAAUCGCUCAGCAACCAACAGAUCUAUUUCGGCAGCAAUCCGGCAAUGCGUCUUAGCAGCGGCAGUAAUGGCGGUGGCACCAAGAAUGGGGGUGGCAACAACGUGACAGUGCUGGUGCAACACGGAGCAGGCAUGCAGACGGCGCAACAGGCGAGCAACAGUGCGACGAUGCGCACGCGUUCCUGCCCGCAAGGCUCAAAAGUGACCGAUACGGUAUCGGGAUUGUAUUGAGAAGCAAUGGAAGUUUUGUAUUUGAAAAAUUUGAAGCAUUUAUUUGGUGUCUAAUUAGACGAAGUAGUCAUUGAAGUGGAAUUGGAUUUCAAUUCUUAUUCAGCUCGAAUUGUAAUUAGUGUGUGGAGUUUAGCAUAAAUUUAUUUGAAAGGAUCUAGAUUUUAGUGCUGCUCUUGAACUGGAAGCUUACGUGAACUAGCGCUUUAAACUCUUUUAUUGUAGAAAAAAAUUGGUAUAAUUCGGGCUAUGGCCUAUUUUUAAAGCCACUUUAGAAAUUGCGAUUUUUUUUAUUUACAAUAUUUUGUUAAUUAAAAAAAAACAUAGUGACAGGUUUUCGUAUAAAUCAAAAUUCCAAACUUUGCAUAAAAUUCACAAAAAUUUAACGAAUUUUUCAAAUUUUUAAUCAGAAUUUUUACCGAGCUUCUGAGUAUGCAAUUUUAUAGCUCAUUCAAUUUUAGUAUAAUAAAGUGUAAAUUAGAAGUAGUUCAAAAAUAGCGCUGAUUUUUGAUAAUUUUUUUUUUUUUUUUGCAUACAAUGUUGACAAUUUUCUUUCAUAUAAAGCUCAUGUGCGGAAGUCUAUAAACACAUACAACACAUGUUUGCAUAUCAGCUGAAAAUGGGCAGAACAUUUUGCUUGACCUAGUACUUAAUAAAGAGUGUUUUUUUAAGAGUUUGAUAAGUUAAAAUGGUAAUAAAAAACAAAAAUAUUGUUGUAAUGAUUUUUUUCUAUUUAUUAUAAUCUGGCAGAUAAUUUAAUGGCAUUUAUUUGUCUGAAUUUGAUAUUUGGCGUAUAUCUGGCGCGACUACAAUUCACAUGGGCCAUUCAUCAGUCCAAUUUUUGACUACUUUUUGCGAAAAUCUGAAUUAAAAUCUGGAUUAAAUCAAAAUGAACCCCAUUAAGCAAAUGAAAAUCCUUACGUAAAAUUGUCCACGUGGUCGAAGAACAAAGGCCAACAGGUUGAGAACGACGUACGUGUACUGGGAAUGUUUAUGCUGCUACAACGACAACAAUAACAACAACGAAUUGACAUUUCGGCAUCUUGUUCCACACUUCGCUCUACGAACUUCGUGAAUAGAUUUUUUUUUUUUUUUUCAAACUAAAAAUAUCCACAAUAUGGCAGAAUUUUUCUGGCGUUAAAGGGACAGAUACCUGUAAACGUACAUAUUUUUCCUGAUUUUCAUUAAAAUUAUUUAAAAUGAAGAAGUCAAUAUAUUUUUUUCAAAAUUGGCAUACAGUUUAUUAGGAUUAUAUUAACAUUUUAUGAAAAAAAAAUUUUUUUUUUCGAAAUUUUACAAUAAGAUAUAGUAAAUUUUCUAGAUAAAAUUUUAAAUAAUUUUUUUUUAAUCAAACAAUUUUACAUAAAAGUGCGAGGUCUUAAAAAAAGUUGAAAGUAGUUAAAGAGAAACAUAAUUUGUAGUCUAAAAUCGCCGAUAUUUUUAAUUUUUUUUUGGAAGUUUCUAGCGACAACGGUUGGACUAUUUUAAGCAUAAAUAUAUUUUAAUAUAAAAAGUCACUUUAAAUAAUUACAAAAAAAAAAAAAAUACUUUUAAAAAUAAAAAAUAGUUAUGUUUGCAUAUGUUUUUAUAUUUUUAUACGAGUGUAUAUUUUAAUUUAUUAAAAAAAAACAGCAAAACAAACAACAAGCAAAAAAAAAACAGAAAACAAAAAAUACCGGUUUUUAUAUUCCGAUUUUAUUUAAGAAAAAUUCUUUUUAAUUGCUUUAGCUGUUAGUAAAAAUGUUUUUUGUGAAUAUAUAUUUUUUUAUCGCCUGAUCCAUCCGGUGUUUAAGUAUAAUUUAUAUAUUAAUUUAAGUAUUUGUAAAAAUUCUAUCUGUUUGUAGAGUUUUUAAUAAGUACAAUACUUUUCCCCACUGCCCCUACAUAAAAAUACCAAUUAUUACAAUUAUUUUUCACUAUUUAUGCAAAAGUUAAGCUAUUUUUAUGGCUAAUUCUAGAACGACAGAUGUCAGAUUAACAUAAGUUUACUUUAUUAUCAUAAAUUAUAAUUUUUUUUGUUUUAAUAUUUAAACGUAAAAUAUGUCAUAGCAUAAAUAAAUAAAAUAUUUAAAAAACAAAAACAAAUACAAUAUAUUAUAUAAUUAGUAAUAGGCGCUUAAAUGUAUAAACUUGCUACAUACAUACGGUUCCAUAAUAAAAAACAAUUUUCGAAAAGAAAAAUUUGUAUUAAUAAAAAGUGG